AUGCCUGCUUGGAAAACCUUCCUUACACUGGCCUUGGCCGGUUCUGCGGCCUCCUGCGCGCACCACGAUAACGGCGAGGUAGUCCCCGAACAUGAGCGGGCAGAAUUACUUAAGAAGUGGGAUCAGGAGUGGUCCUUCUCCGGCAUUGCCAGCUUCGCCCACCUGAAGCCGGUCAAGUGCCUUAUCGAACCGGAUGAGCACUACGACAUUGCCAUUAUCGGCGCACCGUUCGAUACAGCCGUCAGCUACCGACCAGGUUCGAAAAAGCAAUCCCGUCCCAAUGCCAGUCAAAACGCAACACUAACCAAAUCCCGCACAGGAGCACGCUUCGGACCCCGUGCAAUCCGCGCCGCCAGCGCACGCCAGAUGGCCCCAACAAGCUACAACACGCGCGCCGGACUAAACCCGUACCAAUCAUGGGCUAAGAUCACGGACUGCGGCGACAUCCCCAUCACGCCGUUCGACAACGGACUAGCCGAACGCCAGAUGUACGAAGCCUUCCUUGAGCUUGGAUCACGGCGAAUCGUGAACAAAGCACCCAAAGCGAACGGGAUCGGCGCAAAGCACCCGAAGCUCGUGACGCUUGGUGGAGACCACAGCGUUGCGCUGCCUGCUCUGCGCGCUCUGCACAAGAUCUACCAGAAACCGAUCACAGUUGUGCACUUCGAUGCGCACCUCGAUACCUGGAAUCCGGUGCGAUACAGCGCGUACUGGCAAUCGGAGCAGACGCAGUUUAACCACGGGUCGUUCUUCCACAAGGCGAGUCGGGAGGGACUUAUUUGUAAUUCUACUUCUGCGCAUGCUGGACUCCGGACUCGUCUUACUGGUGUUGAUGCGGGAGAUUAUACGAACCCGGGUCCUGAGCAGGGAUUUAUUCGAAUUCAUGCUGAUGAUAUUGAUGAGCUUGGGCCUAUGGGUGUUGUUGAGACUAUUAUUGCUCGUACGGGGAUUGAUCCCGAGCAGCCUGUUUAUCUUUCUGUUGAUAUUGAUGUUUUGGAUCCGUCGACCGCUCCGGGAACUGGAACUCCUGAGCCUGGUGGUUGGACUACGCGUGAGUUUAUUCGGAUUCUGCGUGGACUUGAGAAGUUGAAUAUUGUGGGUGCGGAUAUUGUGGAGGUUUCGCCGGCUUAUGAUAAUAAGGGGGAGACUACUGCUCUUGCGGCGGCGCAGGUUGCUUUUGAGAUUAUUACUAGUCUUGUUAAGUCUGGUGUUGAUGAGGAGCUUGGUGGGUGGUAUGGGUGGAUGGAGAAGGAGGGAACUCAGGAGAAGGAGGCCAAGGAUGAGCUUUGA